AUGCUCAGGUACCGAUAUGCUGAGAUCUACACGGGAUAUCACGCAAGGUUUGGAGUUCAGAGACGGUACUCUCUGUUCGGACUCACCAACAGGAACGGGCAGCUGGAAUCCUGGUUCAAAGUCAAGAGAGACACCUGCAUGAAGAUGAAGGAGUUUGCGCAGAGCAACCCGUUACUGGCCGUCGCUGGAAGCUUGGCGGCGUCCCAGUCAAAGGUUGGAGGAGCCGUGGCGGGAUGCGUGUUCUGGGACGCUUGCAAAGCGCAGCUGAACGUGAGAUGCAUGGAGUACACCACUAUGUCGAUCAUCAGCCUGAUUUGCAUGCUGUUCCAGCUCAUCGGAGCUGGUUGCCUACUGUGUGUGCCCAUGAUGCUCAACAGUGAAGAUGACGCAGCGAAGGACAAGAAGGGCGCCGACAAGAAGGAGAAGGCCACGAGGAAUGCCAUGCAAGCGACGAUGAACGUCGCCAUUGCCGGUUUUAUGGCGUACGCUUACGGCUAUGCCUACGUCGGAUCGUACAUAGCCGUGUCCGCAUUUUCUUUCGCUUCACUCGGUGCGAUGCUUAGGGUCCUAUGCGCUUGGCGCCGAUGGGCGGUAUUCGGGCAGGACAAGGACGAAGAGGAGGAUACCGCAGCAGCCAACGCGAGCUUGCCAACG